AUGUUUGAUAGCAGCUCAUUUUCUCAUGGCGGACACAGGCCAUUUAAUUUUCCUUCAUCAGGCCAGAAUUUUCAGUGGGGAGGGGAUUUGACACCAUCCCCCCUAUCUGGCGCCACACCAUUACCAGAUGACCUUUUCGAAUCUGGAACUUCACAUGGACAGUGCAUCCCACAGCCUGUUUUCCAUCAAGGCGCAUAUAUCCACGAUCGCCAGCAAAUCACGGUCCUACAAGGCCGUUGCAAGAUGUUAGAGCUGGAGGUGGUGAAAUUGACUACCGAGCGUGACUCCAUCAAGGAGAUGUUCGAACGGCUUGCCAGCAGUACCGGCAGGCUUCAACAGGCUGACCCUCUACAACUCAACGCUCCACUCAUUCCUAUUUCUCCAACCGACUCUCAGCGUCCAUCACGCGCUACACAUCCGAAUGUCCGUUUCUGGGAUCAGAUCGAUUUUCAGAAGUGGUGCGACACUCCUGCGGGUCAAGGUCACAGCUCUUCCCCCGUAAACCUGGUCUAUCUUGAGGACGAAAAUGGUCGCACCGUCUCGUCACGAACGAUCAAAUCCAUACGGAGGGUGCUCCGCGGUGGCUGGAGUGAGCUCGUUACUCGCAAGAUCGCCCCGCAUUCUUGGGGUAAAUUGUCGGCAUCUGGAAGACAAUUAAUCCAUACUUUCAUGGAGCACGAAUUUCCCCUUUUUAAACUUGCUAACAACGGAUGGAAACUAGAUCACCUUGCUACUACGACAUACCCUGCCUGGCGCAGAAACAAUCUUGACGCCAAUGGUGACUGGAAGUCAGGCGGUAACAUCAAAAAGGAGGAUGACAACGACGACAUCGAUAACGAAUGCGCUGAGAGUGAUGGAGAAGGCACUAACGCAAGAAAACGCAAGCAGGUGGCCGAAUCAGUCAAGUGCGAAGGGGGGAAAAAGAAAAGAAAAACUGCUCCUGCUCUCGGAUCACCGUCUCCAGCUCUCGGAUCACCGUCUCCAGCUCUCGUAUCACCGUCUCCAGCUCUCGUAUCACCGUCUCCAGCUCUCGCAUCACCGUCUCCAGCUCUCGCAUCACCGUCUCCAGCUCUCGCAUCAACUUCUGCUCUCGUAUCAACUUCUGCUCUCGCAUCUUCGUCUCCUGCUCUCGCAUCUUCGUCUCCUGCUCUCGCAUCUUCGUCUCCUGCUCUCGCAUCUUCUCUGUCUCCUCUUGCAUCUCUGCCUCCUGCUCUCGCAUCAACCGUACCUCUCAUUCAGCCUAUUGUAUCCGUAGAUGCUCCUGCCCCGCCCAAUGCCGUGUCUAACGCAGUCAAGGAGAAUAUCCCUCUCGAAAACCAACCGAUCAUUGCACCAAAACCUGUUAGACUCACGAUCGUGAAUCCACUCUCUACACUUGCUCUAUGUGCUGCAAAUAUGCAGUUUCCAACCCCGGCCCCAACAGUUCCUGCACUCGAGUGCGAAGUCCAAAAGGCGACUGUCAACUCGAACCCUGCUGAGCCUAUGCCAAAGCCAAAGAAAGCCAAGGGGAAGAUGCGUCCAACUCAAACAAGGAACGGGCGUAACUUGUGCGCGCAUCGCUGGCUCAAACAGAUCAAAACGAAUGGGACAACUGACGAGUUUGGUGUAUACUACAUGAGUCUCGCUGAGAAUCAGCGCACUGCCUAUGAUAAAGAAGUUACUGACCUCGUUGCUGCCAACAAAUGGGACAAGACCAUUGGGCAGGGCAGGAUGUACUAG